AUGUUUGCUUCUUAUGCUCGUCUUUUCACCACUGUGUGUGCCCUCACCAGCACCGCAGCUGCCCUGACUCCCCUCGAAGUCAGCGGCAAGGACUUUGUGAACUCCGAGACCAAAGAUCGUUUCCAAAUCAUCGGUGUUGACUACCAACCUGGUGGUUCAUCUGGCUUCACCUCGAAGCUAGAUCCUUUGAGCGAUCCUGAUGUUUGCCUGCGCGAUGCUGCCCUUAUGCAGCGCCUAGGUAUCAACACCAUCCGUGUCUACAACCUGGAGCCUUCCCUCAACCAUGAUGAGUGUGCCUCCAUCUUCGAUGCGGCCGGUAUCUACAUGAUCCUCGACGUCAGCAACCCUCUGCAGGGAGGCUAUUUGGACCGUAGUGCCCCCUGGACCACCUACAGCGCCAUCUACUACAAGCAGGUGUUCGGUGUCGUUGAGGGCUUCAAGAACUACGACAACGUUCUGGGCUUCUUCGCCGGUAACGAGGUCAUCAACGAAGAUGCCACUUACCAGGCUCCCCGAUACAUUCGUGCUGUCAUCCGUGAUAUGAAGGAUUACAUCGCCAAGAACUCCAAGCGCGCCAUCCCCGUGGGAUACUCCGCUGCCGAUAUCCGCGACAUUCUCCUCGACACCGUUCACUACUUUGAGUGCGAUCUGAAGAACUCGACUUCUUCCCGUGCCGACUUCUUUGGUCUCAACUCUUACUCUUGGUGUGGCGAUGCCUCUUACAAGUCCGCCGGCUACGAUGAACUGACCGAGGACUUUACCAAUGCGACUAUCCCCGUCUUCUUUUCCGAGUACGGCUGCAACGAUGUCAAGCCCCGUAUCUUCACCGAAGUGCAGGCUAUCUACGGUGAGGAGAUGACACAGGCGUUCUCCGGUGGUCUCGUGUACGAAUGGACCCAGGAGAAGAACGAGUACGGUCUGGUCGAGAUCGAAAGCUCGGACAAGGUGACUCUUCUGGUCGACUACGACAACUUCCAGAAGCAGCUGAACAAGCUGGACAUUGAGCGCAUCAUGUCAAGCAACGCCACUCAGGCUAAUGUUAAGGCCGAGGAGUGCCGUGCCUCCUCUAUCAAGCGCAAGUCCUUCUACAACUCCUGGGAUCUUCCCGAGGUCCCCUCCAAGGUCGCCGAUUUCAUCAAGAACGGUCUGCCUGACGCCCCAUCUGGCAAGUUCGUCUCUGUCUCUGCCACCACCAUCCCCCAGAAGGUGUACGACCACACUGGUAAGGAAAUCAAAGAUAUCAAGUUCGAGGUGAAGACUACUGCCAACACCCCCUCUGCUACCUCCGGAUCGGGCUCUUCCGGUACUUCCACUGGUACUUCCAGCUCCAGUACUUCGAGCGAGUCCAACGCCGCCUCCCCUAACGGGAUCCCCUCGUUGGCCCUGGGCGGUAUGGGAGGUUUCUUCAUGUUGCUGGCACACCUUUUGUAA